AUGUUGCUGUUAAGCCCAAGGCGGAGUGAGCUUAUAACCAAGGUCGACAGAGCGAAAACUGUGCAGGAGAUCGACCAAGCUGAAAACGAGUUUCGUCUUGCUGUGAGGAAGUCGUACAGAUACCGAUUCCCCAGAUUAGACUACGGCCUAGCUCGCGUGAAUCGUAUCUUCAGAUGGAUAAUCACCUUCCAGACGCAAUUGGGUCGUAUGAUCAACGCUUUCAACUUACCAGCCUCUGCAGGAUUUAAUCUUCUCUACAAUAUAAGAAGUGGGUACCAGAGAGACUCAGCCACAUAUAAGGGUGACUUCUCGAAAGUUCAUCAAGCUCUCAAAGGCGCUGUAUUGAAAGAGGCUGCCAAAUGGCUGAACAGAAACGAGCUAGGCGAACUACUGCGUCGUCUCAACGAAUUGGACCGUCAGGAAAGGCCUAACAUAAUGCGUGCCUAUCGCUUGACUCAACCUCCACCGAUUGGGAGUCAGAUAGUGUCAGACAAAUUGAAUCGUACUGGAAUCUACGGUGUAAAAAUCAAAGAGAUUUUGAAAAUCCUCGACAACAGUACAGCUGGAAGCGAAGAGCAGAAAAAUCGCUUGAAAGCAUAUACCGCAUCCAUGAGUAAUGUCAAGGUCAAGCAGGCUACUCAGAAAAUUUUCGACGAAAUGCAAAACGUGCAAAAUUUCACGUGGAUGGUUCUAAACCGUACCGAUGAGGAGCUCAGUCCCGUCCUCGGCGACAUCAUGAUUCAGGUGCAAGAAGUGAUCGAUCGCACCUGUAAGGACCUUAAAGGCAACUACACUGUCUGUCUUCCGGCCGCUAUGCGUAACGUCGCUUCACAAAUGAUUUCUUACGUUGGCAGGAAUAAGACGAAAAUAGCAUUCGAUAGACUUCUGGAGUGGGAAAGCGGACAGAAAGCUGGUAUCGAACGAAUGCGCAAGUUCUUCGCCUGA